AUGUUGAACCAAUUAGAUAGUGCCCAUCAACGUGAACGCGAAACAUCGUUUUUCGCCAAUCCAAGCCAAGAAUUCCUGGCAGACAUUCCUCAUCAGGACAUCAUUACGAAAUUUUGGAAUUGCCGCAUUUUGAAAAAGGGUCGGUUCCUGGAGGAGGAUUUGUACGUACGAAACGGGAAGAUUAUCGAUUCCGAGGAGUUAUUUUACAAUGAGAAGAAAGUGCCGCAUUUCGAUGUCGAUUGCAAGGGAAUGUACAUCGCUCCUGGCUUGAUAGAUCUUCAAAUAAACGGUGGUUUCGGCUUCGAUUUUUCGUACUACAAAGACACGGAACUCGCCGUUAAAACGGUAGCGAAACGGCUACUGUCCCACGGUGUCACCGCCUUCUGUCCCACCAUAGUCACCUCGCCCAACUACAUCUACCACGACAUCCUGCCCAAAAUCAAGAAGACGAAGGGCAGCGGGCACGGCGCCGCCGUCCUGGGCGUCCACGCCGAGGGCCCCUUCAUCAACAAAGAGAAAAAGGGCGCCCAUCCGGAGAAGUUCAUCACCGACCACAGGGGCACUAUGCUGUCGAUUAAAGAAGCGUACGGCUCGCACGGUUACGAGAACAUAGCCAUCAUAACGCUGGCGCCCGAAUUGAGGCACACCGAUCAAAUCAUACGCAAGCUCAAGAAGGACGGCAUCGUGGUGUCUUUGGGACACACCACUGCGAAUUUAACGCAAAGCGAGAGCGCCGUCAAGCACGGCGCUACCUUCAUAACGCAUCUGUUUAAUGCCAUGCUACCUUUCCACCACAGAGAUCCAGGCAUCGUGGGACUAUUAUCUUCCGAUCAAAUCGACUUGGAAAAAUUAUAUUAUGGCAUCAUCUCCGAUGGAAUACACACGCACGCUUGCGCACUGCGAAUGGCGCACAAGGUUCAUCCUAACGGUAUGGUGUUGAUAACGGACGCGCUAUCGGCGCUAGGCUUGUCCGAUGGAAGGCACACGAUAGGCCAAAUGGACAUCGAAAUCAAGAACGGCGUGGCUUACAUAGCGGGGACGAACACUUUGUGCGGCAGUACCUCCACAAUGCUGGAUUGCGUUAAAUUCUUCCACAAAUCCACAGGGUGCUCGAUGGCAUUCGCUUUGCAAUGCGCCAGUUGGCAUCCGGCGAAAGUGCUGCACAUCGAAAAGCAAAAAGGUACGCUCGAAGUCGGCGCCGAUGCGGAUUUUAUCAUCAUAAACGAGUACUUCGAUUUGUUUUCGACGUGGGUUGCCGGAGAGAUGGUUCACAAAACGACGAAUUUGUGA